AUGAUGGGGCGCAGCCAUUCCGCCUUCCCCUCCCCCGUCUGCUGCACGGGCCAGAGCUGCGUGCCCAAGGGCGGCGGCCGUGUGGUGGUUCUGAGCACGCUCUCCUCCCCCCCCUACCUGCCGCUCUUCCUGCAGCUGGAGUGCACGCUGCGCAUGUCCAACCCGGGCCUGGAGCUGGCGGUGCUGCUGGAGCCGGGCCUACUGCCCAAGUCCAGCGAGCGCCUGCUGCGCAAGCUGGGGGUCACCCUGGUGAAGACGUCCCCCCUGGAGUACCCCAACACCUACGAACCCAGGUACGGCAAGAACUUCGUGAAGCUGAAGGCCUUCAACCUGACCCAGUACGACGCGGUGCUCAUGGUGGACGCCGACACCGUGAUCGUGGGCGAUGUGGCACCCCUCUGGUCCCUGCCCACCCCCUUUGCCGCGGUGUGGGACCAGUACCGCUGGCUGGGCCGGCACCGCACCGGCCUGCGCGGCCUCAACGGUGGCGUGCUGCUCCUGCGCCCCUGCCCCGCCAUCGCCGCCCACAUGGCGGGCAUCCUGGAGAGCCACCCCAAGCUGCGCUUCACCCACCGCGCCGCGGAGCAGGACUUCCUGGACUGGUACUUCCGGUACACGGGGACCGUACUGCCCCUGGAGUACAACGUGCAGACGGCGCAGAGCCUGGUGGGCAACCUCACGGUGGGCGGCGUGGCUCCCGUGGUACUGCACUUCACCAACCAGAAGCCCUGGCACGGUCGGGAGCCCGGCCGCCUGGGGCACCAGUUCCUGUGCAGCGCCGCCGACCUGAGGAGGCGCAGCGUGGCCGCCGGCAUGACCUGA